AUGGCCAACCCUCCUCACGGUGGUGUCCUUAAGGACCUCAUUGCUCGUGAUGCUCCCCGUCAGAUCCAGCUCAUUGCGGAGGCAGAGACUCUUCCUGCUGUCGUGCUCACAGAGCGUCAGCUUUGUGAUCUGGAAUUGAUCAUGAAUGGUGGUUUUUCACCUUUGGAAGGAUUCAUGAACCAAAUUGACUACAAUGGUGUCUGUGAGGACUGCCGUCUUGCGGAUGGCAAUGUCUUUUCCAUGCCCAUUACCCUCGAUGUUAGCAAGCAGGUGAUCGAUGAGAACAAGCUUCAGCCCGGUGCCCGUAUCACCCUACGUGACUUCCGCGACGACCGCAACUUGGCCAUUCUGACCAUUGACGAUAUCUACCGCCCCGACAAGACUAAGGAAGGCAAGUUGGUCUUCGGUGGUGACCCAGAGCACCCAGCUGUCAAGUACCUCGACGAGACCGCCCAGGAAUUUUAUAUCGGUGGUAAAAUUGACGCUGUCAACAAGCUGAACCACUACGACUAUGUCGCUCUGCGUUACACCCCCGCUGAACUGCGUGUUCACUUUGACAAGCUGGGCUGGUCCCGUGUUGUCGCUUUCCAGACCCGUAACCCUAUGCACCGUGCUCACCGUGAGCUGACCGUCCGCGCCGCUCGCUCCCGCCAAGCAAAUGUUUUGAUUCACCCUGUUGUCGGUUUGACUAAGCCCGGUGAUAUUGAUCAUUUCACCCGUGUCCGUGCCUACCAGGCUCUCCUUCCUCGCUACCCCAACGGUAUGGCUGUACUUGGUCUGCUUGGUCUGGCCAUGCGUAUGGGUGGUCCUCGCGAGGCCAUCUGGCAUGCUAUCAUCCGGAAGAACCACGGUGCGACCCACUUCAUUGUCGGUCGUGACCACGCUGGUCCUGGUUCCAACUCCAAGGGAGAGGACUUCUACGGUCCCUAUGAUGCACAGCAUGCUGUUGAGAAAUACAAGGAUGAGCUCGGUAUUGAGGUCGUUGAGUUCCAAAUGGUUACCUACCUGCCUGACAGCGAUGAGUACCGCCCUGUCGAUCAGGUCCCUCAGGGUGUCAAGACCUUGAACAUCUCCGGUACUGAACUGCGCCGCCGUUUGCGUUCCGGUGCUCAUAUUCCCGAAUGGUUCUCCUACCCAGAGGUUGUCAAGAUCCUGCGCGAAUCCAACCCCCCUCGUGCUAGCCAGGGCUUCACUAUCUUCUUGACUGGGUACAUGAACUCUGGCAAGGAUGCCAUUGCUCGUGCAUUGCAGGUAACUCUGAACCAGCAGGGUGGUCGCUCUGUCUCCCUUCUGCUAGGUGACACUGUCCGCCAUGAGCUGUCCUCCGAGCUUGGUUUCACUGCUGAGGAUCGCCACACUAAUAUCCAGCGCAUUGCUUUCGUUGCUUCCGAGCUGACUCGCGCUGGCGCAGCCGUCAUCGCCGCUCCUAUUGCUCCCUACGAGCGCUCUCGCAAGUAUGCUAAGGACACCGUUUCUCAGGCCGGCUCCUUCUUCCUUGUUCACGUGGCCACUCCCCUUGAGCACUGUGAGAAGACUGAUAAGCGUGGAAUCUACGCUAGUGCCCGCCGUGGAGAAAUCAAGGGUUUCACUGGCGUCGAUGAUCCUUAUGAGGCUCCUUCCAAUGCUAACCUUACCGUUGAUACCUCGAAACAAACUGUCCGCAGUAUUGUUCAUGAGAUCAUUCUCAUGCUUGAGACCGAGGGUUACUUCGAGCGCCCCCAGUAA